AUGAGUGCGUUAGAAGUGUCUUACGAGUGUUGUACUGAGAUUCCACGAAUGGAAUUCGUUUGCUACUUAUGGUUCUCGUUUUUCAAGUACAUGAUUCUUCAUGCUCAUCUAAAUGGGAGUGAAAAAGGAACUCAUUAUGCACUAGAUCUUGGGGGUACUAAUUUUAGGGUCUUGCGGGUUCACCUAGGAGGUAGAAGGUCCUCUAUUCUGGGUCAUGAUGUGGAACGGCAACCGAUUCCUCAAGAGUUAAUGACCAGCACGAGUGAGGAUCUGUUCGAUUUUAUUGCUUCAGCAUUAAAGGAAUUUGUUGAAAAAGAAGGAGAUGGAUCUGAGACUUCACUGGAUAGAAGAAGGGAUCUUGGAUUUACUUUCUCUUUUCCUGUGAAACAAAUGUCUGUCUCAUCAGGCAUCUUAAUUAAAUGGACAAAAGGGUUUGCAAUUGUAGACAUGGUUGGGAAGGAGGUAGCAGGAUGUCUAGAGCAAGCAUUGACCAGAAAAGGUCUAAAUAUGCAGGUGGCAGCACUGGUCAAUGACACUGUUGGAACAUUAGCUCUUGGACAUUAUCAUGAUGAAGACACUGUUGCUGCAGUGUUAAUUGGGACGGGUACAAAUGCCUGCUACUUGGAACGGACAGAUGCUAUCAUAAAGUGUCAAGGGCUUCUUACAACUACAGGAUGCAUGGUUGUCAACAUGGAAUGGGGAAAUUUUUGGACGUCUCAUUUACCAAGAACUACUUAUGAUAUUGAUCUAGAUGCCGAUAGUCCUAACCCAAAUGAUCAGGGUUUUGAAAAAAUGAUAUCAGGAAUGUAUUUGGGCGACAUUGUAAGGAGAGUGAUUCUCAGAAUGGCACAAGAGACGGAUAUUUUUGGACCCGUUUCUUCCAAGUUAUCAGUGCCCUUCAUCUUGAGGACACCAUUAAUGGCUGCAAUGCACGAAGAUGAUUCUCCUGAUUUGCAGGAGGUUGGACGGAUCUUAAGAGACGUCUUGGAGAUUCCCGAUGUUCCUUUAAAGGUCCGGAAGCUCGUAGUUAAGGUAUGCGACGUGGUAACACGAAGGGCUGCCAGACUGGCUGCUGCCGGUAUCGCAGGAAUCCUAAAGAAGAUAGGCCGAGAUGGGAGUGGUGGCCUAACAGGGGGAAGGAGAAGUGAUAACAAAAUGAGAAGAACAGUCGUAGCGAUCGAAGGGGGUUUAUAUACAAGUUAUACGAUGUUUAGGGAGUACUUGCAUGAGGCCUUGAUUGAAAUAUUAGGGGAAGAAGUUGCUCAACAUGUCGUUCUCAAGGUAACAGAAGAUGGAUCAGGUAUUGGAGCAGCCCUCCUUGCUGCUUCACAUUCAUCUCAAAGUGUGGAUAGAGUACAGUCGCUAUAAAUAUAUAUAUUCAUAUAUAUACAUAUAGCCCCUGUAAAUGUAGAAAUCAUUCUCCAUAAUUUAUAUCUCUUUGUAUAAAAGGAAGGUUUGUCCAUAUUCCC